UUUUUGGCAGACACUGACGGACAGCUGGACGAGCCAAUGACAAACUGUGUGGACUUCUAAACGCACGUCUGCAGGGUCCCCCAGUCAAACCUACAGGGGCGAGCAGCCCACUUAGUAUGUGCACGUGAACCCCGGAUGAGCGGCAGCACUUUUUUUAUUCCCUGUGAGAAGAGGACGCCCCACCCCCUCCCCUCCCUGCUGAAGAGGUUGCUGCAGAUCACAUCAGGUCGUCAGGUGACAGCUGGACUCCGUCCUGAUUGGCUCCCCUCCAUAAAGAAAUACUGAGCCCCUCCUUAUCAGACGAAGAGAAGAAGCCAUGGAGGUCGUCUCCUCGCUGCUCUGCCCGCUCCUCCUCCUCCUCCUCUCCGUCCUCCCGUCCCGCUCCUCCUCCAUGCUGUGCCCGAAGCGGUGCACCUGCCAGAACCUGCUGCCGUCCUACACGGUGCUGUGCGCCAAGACGGGCCUCCUCUUCGUCCCGCCCAACAUCGACCGGCAGACGGCCGAGCUGCGGCUGAUGGACAACUUCAUCACAACGCUGAGGCAUCGCGACUUCGCCAACAUGUCCAGCCUGAUCCACCUGACACUGAGCAGAAACACCAUCAGUCAGAUCCGGCCGUAUACCUUCGCCGACCUCCAGGAUCUCCACGCGCUCCACCUGGACGCCAACCGCCUCACCACGCUGGACGACUCGCACUUCCAGGGCCUGGUGAACCUGAGACACCUCAUCCUGGCCAACAACCAGCUGCACAGCAUCUCAGAGGGAGCCUUUCAGGACUUCCUGGAGACUCUGGAGGAUCUGGAUCUGAGCUACAAUAACCUGGUGGACAUCCCCUGGGAGACCAUCGCCCUGCUGGUCAGCGUCAACACCCUCAGCCUCGACCACAACCUCAUAGAGAGCGUCCCCGAGGGGAUCUUCUCCAACCUGCACAAACUGGCCAGACUGGACAUGACCUCCAACAAGCUGAAGAAGAUUCCUCCAGACCCGUUGUUCCUGCGGAUCCCAGUGUACGCUAAGAUGAAGGGUUCUCCUCUCACUGCGCUGGUCUUGAGUUUUGGAGGAAACCCUCUGCACUGUAACUGUGAGCUGGUCUGGCUCCGCAGGCUGACCCGAGAGGACGACCUGGAGACCUGCGCCUCGCCCAGAGACCUGGCUGGAAAAUACUUCUGGACCAUCAAAGAGGAGGAGUUUGUCUGCGAGCCGCCCAUGAUCACCCGUCACACCUCCAAGAUGUUUGUGAUGGAGGGUCAGGAGGUCAGUCUGCGCUGCAAGUCCAUCGGAGACCCCGAGCCGUCCACUCACUGGGUCAGUCCUGACGGGAAGCUGAUCGGAAACACGUCCAGAACCGUCUGCUACGAGAACGGCUCUCUGGACAUCCUGAAAGCUUCAGUGAAGGAUUCUGGAAAGUUCACAUGCAUAGCCUCAAACGCAGCUGGAGAGGCGACGGCUCCUGUCGAGUUAGUCGUCAACCCGUCGCCACACUACGACCCGAAGCUGGACCCGGACCCGGGGCCUUCGGACAUCCCCACGUCUAUAAAGUCGAACAUCAGCGGAGGUCAGGCGCGCUCCGACCAGCAGAGGGUCAGCGUGUCCGAUCUAACGUCCGGCUCGGCUACCAUCAGAUGGCCCCCGCAGAACCACAUACCAGGGGUCCGCAUGUACCAGAUCCAGUACAACAGCUCCACAGACGAUAUACUCAUAUACAGGAUGAUCCCAGCCAACCACAAGUACUUCCUGCUGAGCGACCUGGCGUCGUCGCGGGACUACGAGUUGUGCGUCUUGGCCGUCUACGAUGACGGCAUCACCGCCCUGACCGGCACCAAGCUGGUGGGCUGCGUGUCAUUCAGCACCGAGACGGAGUACGGACGCUGUCACUCUAUACGAGACCAGUUCCUGGGAGGAACCAUGAUCAUCAUCAUCGGGGGGAUCAUCGUGGCCUCCGUCCUCGUCUUCAUCUUCAUCCUCCUCAUGAAGUACAAGCUGCACAGUAACCACUACAAGCAGAAAGCUGCCGCUCGCCAAGCCAACGUUUGCUCCCAGACCAACGGAGGAGGAGGAGGAGGCGGAGCCACGGUCCUCGCUCUGCCUCCGUCCUCCUCCUCAGCAGGACAGGGUGGAGGUGCUAAUAAAAACUCUCAGCCGUCGUCGUCAGCAGACGGGAUGGGAGGAGCUUCUCUCCGAGGAACGACUGUAGUGGACUUAAACCCCACCCGCGACGAUGACGCCAUCUCCCAAUAACACACAAGAAAACUGUCAAUCAAAACCCACAACCCACCGAUCUUUAAGACCCAAACCAAUACUCCACCUCCCUCCCCCCCUUUUUUUAUUUUUGAUUUGUUGCUGGUGCCUGGAGCAAAACUCCACUUCACGACGAGGAGCGGCUGCUGUCAUUGGUGAGUAGCUGCUGUCCGU